AUGCAUAAAAAAUUACGUCCGAAUAGAAAUUGGUGUUAUUUUGAACAAUGUCAAGAAAUCGAUCCUUCUAUUUAUACUACGAUUAAAAGUGGAUUCUUUCAUCGUCAUUUUGGAUCGAAAAAACAAGAUUCUCCUAUGAUUGAAUUAGAUCCAACAUCGAAGUCUAAUGACCAUAAGAGUACAGAACCACCCAUACAACAACAUACUCAUGGGCCUGCAUGCACAGAUAUGAGAGAGAUUGAACAAGCACAACUAGAAACACAUACAUUGAAAAUUCGAUUAUGAGGAGAAGAUGAUGAUCACCAAAUAAUUACCAUCAUGUCAAAAAAUAAAAAACGAAAAAAUCAAUCAUCACCUAGCAAAGCACCAUCAACAUCACAUUCACUUUCAUUAAAGAAUCGUUCUUCAUCGAAAGCGACUACAUCAUCUAUCAAUGGUGCUAAAAUUCGUUCACAAUCGACCGUUAAACGAUUACAAAUGUAUCGUGGUGGUAAACCAAAACGUGAUCCAUCAGGAAGAAUUGUUCAAUCAGCAUUAUUUCAAGAACGACUUCCAUCUGGUACACAAGCUCGUGUUGCACCUAAUCGUCAAUGGUUUAAUAAUAGUCGUGUUGUUACACAAACUUCAUUACAAAAAUUUCAAGCAGCUUUAUCAACAACACUUGCUGAUCCAUAUCAAGUUGUUAUGAAACAAACUCAAUUACCGGUUACAUUAUUAAAUGAAAAAGGUAAACAAAAACGUGUUCAUAUACUUGAUGUUGAAUCAUAUGAAUCAACAUUUGGACCUAAAUCACAACGAAAACGACCAUCAAAUGUUGCCGGUGGUGAUGAUAUGGAAGCAUUAGUAGUUCAUGUUGAACAAAAACAAAAUGAAUAUGAUCAAGAUAAAGAUCUUGAUUUAGUUCGUGAACAUGAUGGAAUUAAACAAGAAACUAUUAAUCCAUUAUUUAAAGCUGGACAAAGUAAACGUAUAUGGAAAGAACUUUAUAAAGUUAUUGAUUCAUCUGAUGUUGUUAUUCAAGUUCUUGAUGCACGAAAUCCUGAAGGUACACGAUGUCGUCAAGUUGAAUCAUAUUUAAAAAAAGAAAAAGCUUAUAAACAUUUAAUUUUUAUUUUAAAUAAAUGUGAUUUGGUUCCUGUAUGGGUUACACAACGAUGGGUAGCUAUACUUUCUCGUUCAUAUCCAACACUUGCAUUUCAUGCUAAUAUGAGAAAAUCAUUUGGUAAACAAGCAUUAAUACAAUUAUUAAGACAAUUUUCUCGUUUACAUCAAGAUAAAAAACAAAUUUCCGUUGGUUUUAUCGGGUAAAUAUAUAUGUAUAUAAAGUAGUGGACAAACGUUUCUCAGCUAGCAUAGGUAGCGAAAAUCUGAAAAUUUGUAUGCAUAUUAUUCAUCAUGAAUGUAGAUUAGAGCCACGAGUUUGCUCUGAUUGUUUAAAUACAAUGGAAAUUAUGAUGGAUGGUAAUGAAUAGGACUUUUUUUUGUUUGAACUUUGUACUUUAGAAAAAGAAAAAGUUUUAUGGGUCAACUGGUCUUUCAUUA